ACGAAGUGAAGGCUCUCAACAACAUGUCGUAUCACGAGUACAAAGGCAUAUUGUUUCCUGUUAUAGUUCCUGAGGAAGCCUUGGACGUCAUGCCUGACUACCCAGUGCGUGAUGACGACAUUUUCAUACUGACGUACCCAAAAUCAGGUACGAACUGGAUAAUGGAAGUAGUGAAAAAGGUCAUGAACGCUGCUGGAAAGAUGGCCACUCCCGAUGAACACAGCACGUGGUGUAUCGAAAUGUAUGUACCAGGCAAGGACGAAAAACCACGCCAUGUGCUUGCCAUGGAUUCGCCAUCUCCACGCAUAAUCCACACGCACCUACCACGGCAACUGGCCCCCAAGAUGGUUGCCAAUCCUGAGGGAAAGGUAAGAGUGAUUGUAGUGGUGAGGAACCCGAGAGACGUGGCGGUCUCCCUUUAUCACUAUAAUAAACAAAUGGAAAUGGAGUUCGGCACUCACGUGAAAAGUGUAAAUUCUUGGGACGCCUUCUCGACUGACUUUCUGGAAGGGAAAGUCGUGUAUGGAGACUUCUACGACCACGCCCUCGGUUGGUGGAAGAUGAAGGAUGACAGCCAUUUCCUCUUUCUCAAGUAUGAAGAUAUGAAGAAGGUGAAACUUGAAAGAUCACAUUCGUUGUUCUCACAGGACCUGCGUAGUGUGGUCAGCGAUGUCGCAGCCUUCCUGAACACCAGCUUAGACCAGGGUACUGUGGACAGCAUUGCCGAGUCGUGCACCUUCAACUCUUUGAAGGCAGCUUGGGGCAAUUCAGAUGAUGCUACGAAAAAACAUAUCUGCAGAAAAGGUGUCGUUGGUGACUGGAAAAGCAUGUUCACGCCGGAGCAAAAUGCAGCCUAUGAUGCCAAACACGAGUUGAGGCUGGAGGGGACUGGCCUGCAGUUUGAUUUUGAGUAGCAUAAUUAUAUAACCUGUGUGUAAAGGUUGUGGAAAACUCAAUAUAUUAUUUUGAUUCGACCUGUUCCUUUAACAAGCAAAGAAGCCACAGAAUUCCACCUCAAUUUUUUCCGUUUACAGGCAAA